GUUAAUUGUGUUUUUAUUUUUUUUUACUUUCUGCGCUGGUUUGAAGUCAGUUUCCGUUCGUCGGUUCGUCCCUGAAACAGCAGCCGGCCCUGACCGGAGACCAGCUCAGUGCUAACACGUCCUCCACAAAGACAACGUGGCAAGAGUCAACAUUUCAAAAAGUUGUUGCACUUUUCUGUUUCCUCACGUGGCUUUGUGUCGCCGGAAAAACACACAGAACAAGAAUGUGUGUUAUCAGCUCCUGUGUGGUUCUCAUGAAAUGAUGUGGCAGCUGCAGGCUGGACUUUGAAUCAGGCAUGUGAGAGCUGCAGGUGUUCCCAUGGAUCAGAGAGGUCAGCCUGAUUCCAGCCGGCUUUACCACAGGACUCAAGACUCCAGGUUUGCUCAGCAGGACUGGGAUGUGAACUAUCUCCCACCGGACCCCAGAGACAGGGGUCGGCACUGGGGGCAUCCUGACCCCCGCUACCUGGCCCCUUUCACCCCUCCGCCCGUCAGACCCGAGUGGCUUCAUUACAACUCUCAGCAGUACGGGUACGGGUGGCAGGAACACCAGAGACCUCCGUCCAGACAUGGUUCUGACUUUCCUCCACACAACCACUGGGACUACAGAGACGACCGUUAUUAUUACAGUUACUUCAGAGGACAACAGGCGCAACCAGGAGGUGGACAGUGGAGUCCCCAAGGCACAAGAAGAACUGAAUACCAUGAGAAACCCCUCACUCAGGGAGGAGCAGGGGACCUACACACAGAGGAAUACAGGUCUGAGCAGGUGCAGGACUGGUCCCAGCGUUACUUGAACAACUCUGGAGACAGGCCUUCCACAGAUGCUGAGGAGAGUUUCUCUUAUCCUCCUGGGACUCUGCAAAGCUCCAAAACCUCAGGCCUGUCCUCCAGCAGCUACGAGCUUAGUCAGUACAUGAACGGAGUGGACCUGGGUGACCCGGACCCCCGACCUGCUGCCACUUCAGGUGGAGAGCGAGGAGCUGAGCAGCUGAUCUCUGCUCCUCUGAAGUACUCCGUCCCUCACGCCGUGGUCAGCUUUGGGCCCGCGGGCCAGCUCGUGCAGCUCACGCCACGCUUGUCGGCGCAGGACAGCGUCUGCCACCUGCAGAUCCACAGCGUGGAGGUGAUUCUGAGUGAGACUGAAGAGCAGCAAGAGAUGAGAAACUUCCCCGGACCCCUGACCAGGGAAGACCUGCACAAAGUGGAUGCUAUAGAGUUUGCUCAGCAGAAGGCGGGGGCCUGUGUGAGGGACGUGACGCUGCAGGACAGGAGCUCUGCUGCCCUCUUGUGGAAUCUGUUAAUACUUCUCUGCAGACAAAAUGGGCAAGUUGUUGGGUCGGAUAUAGCGGAGCUGCUAAUGCAGGACUCACACUCAGAGGAGCGCGGGGGCUCAGACGGACCCUCGCUUAUCGACUUCAGCGAGCCGGCGACCGUCGUAGCCCCGCCUGCUAACGGAGAUGACCUGCUGACAGGAGAUCUGAGCAGCUUCAGCUGUGAGACUCCUGAAAAGGCCCUGCAGAGCUACACUGACCUGCUGCUGGCGGGGAGGAAAAAGGAGGCCCUGGAGUCGGCCAUGACCAGCGGCCUGUGGGGACACGCCCUCUUCCUGGCCAGCAAAAUGGGCAGCAGGUCGUACACCACAGUCCUGAACAGGUUUACAAGCCAGCUAGCAGCCAGUGAUCCCGUUCAGACGCUCUUCCAGCUGCUGUCUGGGAGAAUCCCAGCCGUAGCCACGUGCUGUGGAAAUGAGAAGUCUGGAGACUGGAGGCCCCACCUGGCUGUGAUGCUCUCCAAUGAGACAGAAAACGCUGCAGUUCGGCAGAAGGCCAUCACCACCAUGGGAGACUCUCUCGCCUCCAGAGGCCUCACACACGCUGCUCAUGUGUGCUACCUGACAGCAGGCGUUCCCUUUGGGGCGUUCACGCAGAAGGCAGAGAGGCUGGUUCUUCUGAGCAGCAGCCACAGGCAGCCGUUUGGACACUUUGCCACGAUCUCUGCCAUCCAGUGCACAGAGUUAUACGAGUACUGUCUGACACUUGGUGGUAAAUGUGUUACUUUACCGUCCUUUCAGGUGUACAAAUUGUUGUACGCCUGUCGGUUGUUGGACUGUGGGCUCUCCUCCCAGGCCUUUCAUUACUGUGAGGUGGUGGGACGGGCCCUCCUCAGGCAGACGGAGCCAGACUUUGUUCUGACAGGGGAGGUGGUUAAGCUGUCAGACAGGCUGAGGUGCUCGGAGGCUCAGUACAGUGAAACUGGGUUCAGUGGAUCUCUGCUGGAACCAGAGUGGCUCAGACACCUACGAGCACGACACCAGAGUCUACAGACAGGAAGUUAUGAAUGGACUGAAACCUUCGAGCUUCCUGCUGGGAGGAGCGGCCUGGCCUACAAGGAGGUCUGUUCAGAGUCUGAUCUGGAUGAUUUGAGUAGUCACACUCGGGGUACAGAGCUGGAACCUUUUUGUUCUAGAGCUUCUGAGGACCGAGAAUGGCUUGAUGAUCCAGGAGAAAUGACUGCACAGAACUGGUCUCCCACUGCUCCUCCCUCCAUGCCAGCUCCAGUUCUCUAUAGUCCUCCAGGCCCCGAUGUGGCCCCAGGCCAGGACUUCAGUUAUCAUAGCACAGAUAGUGUUGAGGCCAGAGGUUCCCAGCAACAUUGUCCUCCUAGUAAUGUGUCAGCAACAGCUGAGGAAUUCACCUUUGGGACAGAAAAGAUGUUGGACAUCAACAUCGCGCAACAAAACCAGCAGGUCAUCCCUUCAGCUGUGGAGGGGUCCGAGGAGACCACUUCAAAAGAGACAAAGACAGGAUGGUUCAGAGGUUGGUUUAAGUCAAAACCCAACAGUUCCCAGAAGGAAAAGUUGGAGCAAGAAGGUCCAGCUCAGACUGUAAGAGUCCAGCAGAAGGUAAACGGCUCAUUUACAACCAAGGCUUCACUGGGUGAUGGGACCUUUUUAUAUUCUCAGGACCCACCUCCUCCUCCUGCUGGUCUUUAUCCUCCUCCAGCACCUGCAGCCCUCCCACCUGGAACAUUUCCACCCCCGCUCUCUGCUGCGGGGAUAAAUCCAUUUUCGAGGAAAGCAGGGCAGCAGCUGGGGUAGGAGCUGCAGGACGUUACAGGAUGGUGUCACUGAAAUCACGAGGGUGCACAUGUACAAAAUGACUAAUUAGUGAAGUGAGGAGGGACAACCUAGUACUUGGAUUUCUUUUGAACCCCUGCUGAGCCCCCUGCCACCGUGUUGCAUGGACGGUACAGAAAUACUAUCAUGUCAUAUUGCACCGACUGAAACAGCUGAGGUGUGCUUCCUGAACGCUGACUGCAGAGAAACUACCACUGGGUGCAGGACACAUUUGGGUGGGGGGGCUCUACUGACCCCAGGGACUGUUUCCACACUGAGGAUGCAAGUUACCAUAUAGUAACAUGUGGUACAUUUAUUUUUUACACACUACAUACUGUACAUGCUGCAUCUGAUUAUAGCUUAUGAAUCAGUGCCAACACUCUCAGUCCACCAGCUCUAUAGUAUUGGUGUGCACAGUGUAUAUAAAAGUACACAUAUAGAACAGAAACUAGAUACAUGGAAAUACUGUAGUUUUUUUUUUUUUCAGCUGAGAAUGACGUUUGAGUUUUAAAAACUUUAAGAAACUCAAUGCAAACGGGGAAAUCAAAUGAAAAAAGUUAUUCUAAUCUGUGUUAAAUGGCGUUUUGUUUGAAAAGGUUUACAUCAGCAGUUGUCCAGAUGUAUCUAGGGUGAGUCAAAAUUUUAAGGACGCCCUUUUAUUUCAGAAAAAAUACAAGAAACUGACAUAUCUGAAUAUUCCCAGUAAGGUGAGGGGGGCCAAUCUUUGGAAAAACUUGCUCUUGUUCAAAUAUGGCAGCUUUCAAAAUGGUGGCCAUGUUCUGAACCUAACCUAAAAGAUAGGCCCACCUCACCUAUUAUUUGUUGGGGUAUUUAAAUGUCAUUUUCCCUUUUCUUUCUGAUAUAAAAGGGUGUCCUGAGACUUUUGACUCACCCUGUAGGUAUGAAAUUCUGCAAUCCAGUUUGGCACUCAAAGCCGGCGUCACACUACAAGAAAAUCUUGCAGAUUUUUGCCCUUCCGACAACCUUAAGGAAGUCCAGAUUAUCGUGAUG